AAUAAAUCAUGAGCUUCAUCUUCUUGAUUCAAGAACCUUGUAUUUCUCUCGAAUUGAACAAGAUCUGAUUCUUAGUUGCAGAAUCAUAACAAUGGCGGAACCGAUCAAAAUCCAAACCAAUAUCGACGUCCAGCCAUCUCAUUCCAUUCUUUCUCUUGAUGUCGUUUCCAAAGACUUGCACAAGGAGCAGAAGGUUCCGUUCUUCAGAUCUAUCUCGCAGAGAGGGGAUAACACAUGGCUGAUCUCUCUCUUCGUCAUCAUACAUUUGGUGGCUUUCACUUCCACGAUGAUCGUCAACGACUGUUGGCACAACUCUCAUGGCUAUUGCACGCUCAAAUCCCUAGGGAGAUUCUCCUUUCAACCUCUUUCCGAGAAUCCUCUUCUUGGACCUUCUGCUUCUGCAAUGGAUGCAAUGGGAGCUGUUCGCCAGUCACUACUAGUACAAGAACACCAAAUGUGGCGGUUAUUCUCAAGCCCAUGGUUGCAUGCAGGAUUCAUCCACCUUAUUGUCAACCUUUCCUGCAUUAUCUUCAUUGGAAUUCAGUUAGAGCAAGAAUUUGGUGCAUGUAAAUAUCUUUUAUUUUCUUGUAAAAAUAUGUUGAUUUCUCUCUAA